AUGGCCGUGCACCAAGAGAACACGGAGGACCCGAAGUCGAUCACAGUGGCCCACGAGAAGGAUGAAGAGAAGCAUGUUGUUCUCGAUGCUGGUGAAGUCCUCAAGGGCGCCCAGCAUGCCACCGACGCCGAGCAUGACAUGGGACUCAUGGAGGGAAUACGCAAAUACCCCAAGGCCUGUUUCUGGUCGUUCCUAUUCUCGGCCGCUCUCAUUAUGGAAGGCUUUGAUAAGGCCUUUGUGACUGCCUUUUUCGCCUUUCCAGAGUUCCAGAAACGAUACGGUGUACUCCAGCCCACUGGGGAUUACCAGAUCCCGGCGAGCAUCCAGGCUGGUAUUGGCAACGGCGUUUCUGCUGGCCAGAUUAUCGGACUCCUGAUCAACGGUAUCCUAGCGGACAAGUUUGGCUACCGUUGGGUCAUGAUGGGCUGUUUGUUCCUGAUGGUCUGCUUCAUCUUCAUCCAAUUCUUUGCCACGGACAUCUACAUGUAUCUCGGUGCGGGGGUCCUUCUCGGUGUCCCCUGGGGAGUAUUCCAGACCCUCACAACUACAUAUGCCGCCGAGGUCACGCCCACUGUCCUACGCCCAUACCUCACUUCUUUGGUGUCGCUCUGCUGGUCGGUCGGUUACCUUGUCGGCACUGCCGUGCUACGGGGCUUCCUCUCCAUGAAGGGUCAGUGGGCGUAUCGCAUCCCGUUUGCCAUUCAAUGGGCGCUGCCCGUCCCACUCGCCAUAGGGAUCUUCCUGGCUCCUGAGUCGCCCUGGUGGCUUGUCCGAAAAGGUCGGACAGCGCAAGCCGAACAUUCGCUUCGUCGGCUCCGUUCCAAAGAUGCAACAGAUGAUGAGAUUGCAAACACCCUUUCUAUGAUUGAAUACACCAUAAACAUCGAGAAAGACAUCAACUCAAACAGCGGCUCUUACCUGGAGCUAUUCAAGGGCAUCAACCUCCGACGGACCGAAAUUACGGUCAUCUUAUACGUCCUGCAGGAGAUCUGCGCUCCUCUCGUGUCCUACGUUGUCUACUUCCUACAGCAAGCCGGUGUCCCUACGACCGCCUCGUUCAAUUUCGGCAUGGGUCAAUAUGCCUUGGCUAUCGUGGGUGUUUUCAUUGCCUGGUAUCUCACUCCUCACGUAGGCCGACGAACACUUAUCAUCUGGGGUAAUGCCUUCAUGGCCUCGACUACUAUCCUCAUUGGUUUCUUGGGGAUUCCAGAUACCAUCAAGAACACCAACAUUGCGUAUGGAAUUGGAAGCAUUCUUCUAAUCGAAUACUUCGUCUUCUUCAUCACUCUUGGGCCGAUCAUUUACACCAUUGUGACCGAAAUCCCCUCGAGUGCACUCCGGACUAAAAGCGUUGUAGUUGCGAGAGCGACUUAUAAUGUCUUUGUGUUGAGCGCCGGUCAACUAGUCCCUCGCAUGGUUCAAAGAGCCGCCUGGAACUGGGGCGCCAAAUCCGGAUUCUUUUAUGGUGGUCUCAUGGCUUUGUGGCUCAUUUGGGUGUACUUCCGUCUCCCUGAGACAAAGGACCGCACAUUCGCCGAGAUCGAUAUCAUGUUCAAGAACAAGGUCAAGGCCCGGGAUUUCAAGAAGACUCGGGUAGAUCUUGCCUCGCAAACCGUCUCUCAGGAGUGA